GCCAGGAACAGACAACUGCACCACCGAGAGAGCCCUUUGCCCUGCUGACUAGCCAUGGGGCCCACCUACCUGGCUCCCUUCCUCUUGGGGCUGCUGUCCCUGCCCUGCAGCUCGACUGCUCCACUUCAGGGCAACGGUCCUCUGGUGCUCACCUUCCCUGGAGAAAUGGUCAGCAAUGCCUCAGACCUGGAGUUGGCAGCGCGCUACCUCCAACGCUUUGGGUACCUGCAUGAGCCUAACUCGGGGUCAAGCGGCAGCCAGACGACGCUGGACUCUGCGCUCAAGAAGAUGCAAAAGCGGCUGGGCCUGGGGGAGACGGGACAGCUGGACGCCCCCACCCUGGAGGCCAUCCGGGCUCCUCGCUGCGGAGUGCCCGACGUCGGCCACUUCCAGACUUUCCAGGGGGACCUCAAGUGGGACCACACAGACCUCACGUACCGCGUGGUGAAUUACUCGCCUGACCUGGACGCCGCCAUCAUCGACGAUGCCUUUGCAAGGGCCUUCCGAGUAUGGAGUGAAGUGACCCCCCUCACCUUCACCCGCCGGGCGAGCGGGGAAGUUGACAUUCUCAUUCAGUUUGGAACAGAAGAGCACGGUGACGGCUACCCUUUUGAUGGCAAGGACGGCCUCCUGGCCCACGCCUUCCCCCCUGGCAAAGACGUCUACAGUGGAGAUGCCCACUUUGAUGAUGAUGAGUUCUGGACCCUGGGCACAGGGAUCGUGGUGAAGACCUACUACGGGAAUGCUGACGGAGCCUCCUGCCAGUUCCCCUUCAUCUUUGAGGGAAGGUCCUAUUCCACGUGCACUGCGGAGGGGCGAGAGGACGGCCUGCCCUGGUGCGCCACCACGCGCAGCUUCGACAAGGACAAGAAGUACGGCUUCUGCCCCAGCGAACUCCUCUUCACGUAUGGUGGAAACAGCAACGGUGAGAAGUGCGUCUUUCCAUUCAUCUUUGACGGCAAGUCCUACGAUGCCUGCACCACAGAGGGGCGCGAUGAUGGCUACCGGUGGUGCGCAACCACUGACAGCUUUGACCGUGACAAGAAAUACGGUUUCUGUCCCAACAGAGACACAGCCGUGAUUGGUGGGAACUCCAAAGGGGAGCCCUGUGCCUUUCCCUUCACCUUCCUGGGCAAGACGUACAGCAGCUGCACCUCAGAUGGGCGUGCGGACAGGAGACUCUGGUGCGCCACCACCAGCAACUACGAUGCUGACAAGAAGUGGGGCCUCUGCCCCGGUGAAGAUAAAGGGUACAGCAUCUUCCUGGUUGCCGCCCACGAGUUUGGCCACUCACUGGGCCUGGAACACUCAAGCGUGCGCGAGGCUCUCAUGUACCCCAUGUAUACCUACCUGGCAGAUUUCCACCUGCACCCCGAUGAUGUGACCGGAAUCCAGUACCUCUAUGGCAGCGGGUCAGGGACUCGGCCCACAGUGGGCAGCCGCACCACCAAAAGCCCCGAUGUCCCUGACCAAACCACCGUGGAAUACGAUGGCAGCGCCACCACAGACGAGGACGGCUCCUCCGUGACAGAGACCACCCCUGUGGACUGCACGGGUGACGCUUGCAAAGUCCAGGGCGGCUACGAUGCCGUGAGCGAGAUCCAGAAGGAGCUGCACCUCUUCAAGGAUGGGCAAUACUGGAAGAAGCCAGCCUCAGGGGCAGGAGCCAUUGUGGGCCCCCUACGGAUCCAGGACACUUGGCCGGCCCUCCCAAAUGUGAUUGACGCUGCUUUCCAGGAUUCACAAACUAAGAAAGUUUUCUUCUUCUCAGGCCGGCGCUUCUGGGUGUACCAGGGGAAGAGAGUCUUGGGGCCGCGGAGCAUUGAAAAGCUAGGCCUCCAGAGAGAGGUGGAAAAGAUUGUCGGUGCCCUGCAGCGAAAGCACGACAAAGUCCUACUCUUCAGCGGGGAUCAGUUCUGGAGGCUGGAUGUGAAAGCUGAGCGGGUGGAUCAAGGUUAUCCUCGCUACAUAGACAGUGUCUUUGCCGGGGUCCCUCUUGACUCUCAGAAUAUCUUCCUGUAUAAAGGAAAAUACCACUUCUGCAAGGAUCCCUUCUGCUGGCAAAUGACCCCGCGCUACCAAGUGGACAGAGUGGGCUACCUGAAGUAUGACAUCCUGAAGUGUCCUGCAGAGUAGGGCCAGCCGAGGGCUGCUGUGGGACUUCAUGGCAGCCGUUGCUGCUGCAGCUUUCGCCCCAGCCUGGGCUAGCCGAUCACGCUCAGAGGUUUGCCCAGGCGGAUGCUGGCCCCCCUGCUUGACUGCAGCAGGGAGAGGACUGUCAAGGAGCCACUCUGUGUCGCUGGGGCACUUUUGACUGGCCGAAGGCUUGCCAGGCUCAGUCAGCUGAACUGCUGGCACGGAGCGGGUCUCUCCCUCCCCAUCUCCUGCUGUUGCUGGGUCAUGUACUUGUUGCAAGGAGCCAUCAGGACCUGCCGGAAGAAGAAGGGGAAUUCCCUCACCUGCCCGCUGCUGCCCGCUGCCUCUGGUGGCACCUCCAGCCUCUUGCUCUUUCCUAAUAAAUGAAAUCCUGGCCC